UGGCUGAGCCCCAGCCGCAGUGGCCCGGAGCCCCGGACCUGGUGGAGGUAGCAGCGGCAUCGACAUGGCCUUUGAUUCUGAGGACAAUGUGUACCACAGCUCAAAUGCUAUCUACAGAGCCUCAAGCAGUCCUCAAAAAGCUGACCAGGAAGCCCUGCUGGGGAAACAACUAGACUACCCAGCCCCCGGCCUGCAGAGGCCAGAGGACAGAUUUAAUGGUGCCUACAUCAUCUUCUUCAGCCUGGGGAUUGGGGGCCUACUGCCCUGGAACUUUUUUGUCACUGCCAAGGAGUACUGGGCAUUUAAACUCCGCAACUGCUCCAGCCUGGCCUCGGGGAAGGACUCUGAGGACACAGACAUCCUGAACUACUUUGAGAGCUACCUGGCGGUUGCCUCCACUGUCCCCUCUUUGCUGUGCCUUGUGGCCAACUUCCUGCUUGUCAACAGAAUCCAGGUGCAUGUGCGUGUUUUGGCCUCACUGUCUGUCUCACUGGCCAUCUUCGUGGUUAUGAUUGCGCUGGUGAAGGUGGAUACUUCUUCUUGGACCCAAGGCUUCUUCAGUGUUACCAUCGUGUGUAUGGCCAUCGUGAGCGGCUCCUCCACCAUCUUCAAUAGCAGCGUGUACGGCCUGACAGGCUUGUUCCCCAUGAGGAAUGCCCAGGCAUUGAUAUCAGGAGGAGCCAUGGGAGGGACAGUCAGUGCUGUGGCCUCGCUGGUGGACCUGGCAGCAUCCAGUGACGUGCGGGACAGCGCCCUAGCCUUCUUCCUCACAGCAGCAGUCUUCCUUGGGCUCUGUGUGGGGCUCUUCCUACUGCUGCCCCAGCUGGAGUAUGCCAGGUACUACAUGAGGCCAGUUACCCCUGCUCACGUGUUUUCUGGUGAAGACAACCUAUCACAGGACACUCCCAGCACCUCCUCAGUGGCUCCUGCAUCCAGAGUGGUACACACGCCACCCCUCAGGCCCAUUCUGAAGAAGACGGCUGGCCUUGGGUUCUGUACUGUUUUCCUUUACUUUGUCACUGCCCUCAUCUUUCCUGCCAUCUGCACCAACAUCCAGUCCAUACAUAAGGGCACCGGCUCUCCAUGGACCUCCAAGUUCUUUGUGCCACUCACUGUCUUCCUCCUUUUCAACUUUGCUGACCUCUGUGGCCGACAGGUCACAGCCUGGAUCCAGGUGCCAGGUCCUAGGAGCAAGGCGCUCCCCGGAUUGGCACUCUUGCGUGUCUGCCUCGUGCCCUUCUUUCUGCUCUGUAACUACCAGCCACGCUCACACCUGACUGUGGUGCUUUUUCAGUCUGACAUCUACCCUGUGCUCUUCACCUGCCUCUUGGGGCUCAGCAAUGGCUACCUCAGUACUCUGGUGCUCAUCUAUGGCCCCAAGAUUGUACCCCGGGAGCUGGCUGAGGCCACCAGUGUAGUGAUGACUUUCUAUAUUUCUGUGGGCUUGUUGCUGGGCUCAGCUUGUGCAGCCCUGCUUGAACACUUUAUCUAGGAGGGGGAAGCAAGGAUGUGGGUACUGUGUGAGGCUUGGGCCCUUGGGAGACGUGCAGGGUGAGCUGAGGUCUCCGAUGCUGUGGGCUGGCCUUUCAUUUGGUGCAGAGCUGAGCCCACUCAGGCUGCCUUUCUCUCAGACUGCUUGGGAGCCACAUCCUAGCAACAUUUUGUGCAGGGAGACAUUCCAGACACAGCCCAGCAUGGUGCCUCAUACCUAUAAUCCCGGCAUUUAAGAGGCUGAGCUGGAGGACUGCUGUGAAUUUGAGGCCAGCCUGGCUGCAUAGUAGAACCUUAUCUCAAAAAAUAAGCUAAAACAAAAACCCUGAGACAUCCCAAACACUUCAAACACUCCAGAGCCCUUUGAAGGGUGUGGUUAUUGGUGGGAUAUAGCUCGACUGAUAGCUUACUUGUUCAGCAUUCUUGAAGGCCUGGCUCCCAUCCCCAGCACAACAUAAACUGGACAUGUUUAGUGAAAGCCUGUAGUCCUAUCACUUGAGAGGUAGAAGCAGGAGGAUCAGAAGUUCAAGGUCAUCUUCAGUUACAUAGGGAGUUUGAGGCCAAUCUGGGCUACAAGAGACAGUGUCUCAAAAAAAAGAAAGUACAGUUGUAAAGAUGGGAGUGGUAAUAUUACCUUUAUAGCUAAUAAAUACCCUAUGUCUAACUUGUGUUGUUACAAGGCCAGAGCCCAGCCUUUCUAACUGACAGCAAGGUGGGAGAGAAUCUUCAGGGUUCCCUAUUCUGAAAGAGGCUCCUGGAUUUGAGAUCCCCUCUCAAAUGGCCAGUACUCAGAUCAGGGCCCAAACAUGUGCUGAUCCUUCAGCUCUGUGGGUGGGAGGAGGCCAAACAGCUGAAAAGCUCCACAAGGCAGGCUUCCCAAGCCUUCCUACCUAAGGCCUGGGCUCCUGAAGUCUCCCUGUAUCAGGAACUGGAUGUGGUAGGCCUGGUCUUCAGAUGAGGACCAGGUGUCCCAGUGACCCGGGACCUAUUUAGCGCAGGGGGAAGUCGUUUCAACAGUCAUAUUUACAGCCUGUUGGAACACUUGGUUUUUUACUAUGCAAGGGCAUAGUAAAUAAUGGGGUUCUCAAUGUGAACUUUGUUGGUGUUUCCAUCAGUUGAGGUCUUAGCAAGAGGCAAUAUGUUAAGACUGGGUGAUUUGGAGGGAUGUAGGGACAGGUACAAGAGCCCCAAGGGCUUGGGGUGUGGUACCUUUCCUUGUUGCUGUAACAAAAUACCUGACUAACACAGGUUAAGGAAGGAAAGGUUUCUUCUGGCUUACAGUCUAAGAGGGGUCACCGUCCUCAGUCACCGAGGUGGGAAAGGCACAGAAGUGAAUGUGAAAGUGGCUGAUCACAGUGUAUACCCAGUUGAGGAUCUCAGUCCAUGGGACGGUGCUGUGCUGCCCACAUGCACAUGGGUCUUCUUCUCUCAGCUAUACUUCUCUGGAAACAUCCUAGCAGACAAGCAGGUUUCCAUGGUGAUUCUAAAUCCGGUCUCAUAGACAAUGGAGAUUAACCAUCAUACUGAAUAUGAUUAACCAUCAUAUUCAGAAACCGGUAAGACUGAGGCCCUUCCACGCUUAGCCCGAAGAGGGAGAUCAGCAAGCCUUUCUAGAGUGUACACAUGUGACCUUGUUUGGGGUGAGCAGGGGCAGCUCUAGACAGCAGUGACCUCAGGAGAGAGGCAGAGACUUCCUCCUCCACCCACUCACCCUCCAUUUGCCACUGAGGAUUGUACAGCCCCCAGGAAGGGAGGAAGCAGGUAAGCUGAGGGUGAGGUGUUGUUCAGCAGGGCUAGCUGUCCCCUCUGUGGUCAUAGGUUUCCAGAUGUCAGGGCAGUGCUGGCACUUGCUCUGCAAUUUGGGGUGGCUUUGUUCUGCUUCCGUUCCCAACAGUUGUAAUUGUAAUUAUUUCAGAAGCUCCAUUGCCCCACCCAGUAUGCCACGGCCCCUCAUACUCCAUAUGUGCGGCGACACAGAUACCAAGUUCACAGAGGCUUCUGAGAGAUUAUUCUUCUGGGAGAAGGACUAGCUUGGGGAUUGAGAAACUUCUCCAGACCUUUCUCAGGAUUCCUGCAGACAGAGGAGCCCAGCACAUGGCUACCCUCUGAGCCGAGAGCUGGUGGAGGAGCAUGGGCUGGAAGAUCCUACAGAUGCUGAUUAAGUGAGAGGUGGUGUAAUCUCUCCUGUGGCAUCAGCUUAUGCUCCCUACCCUCAUCUGCUUCACACUCCCGCUCCAGCUGAAGGAUGGGAGAAGACACCCUUGAGAGGUAUUUUAAACUUGAACAUAAUAAAAACAAAACAAACAAACAAAAAGCAAAGGAAAAAAAAUGUAUUAGCAACCCCCAGUGUAAUGCUGUAGAUGGUCUCAGGUGUGUGACUAGGGGUGACUCAUCCCAGCCUUGGGUGUGCUAUGUGGGCACACAUUUCUUUAAUGUGUCUCAUUAAAGAAAAACAGUUCUC